UGUGAUUGGGAGGGGUGAGGAAGAACAGAAGGCUUAUGACCGAGGAGCAUCUCAUUUGGUUAAAGAUUAAUCAGACAUGGCCUCAACUCCUACAUCACCCAGUGAAAAAGACUCAGUGGAGCAACAUCUGGCAUGUUCCAUCUGCACGGACACAUUUAAGGAUCCGGUCACUACACCUUGUGGUCACUCCUUCUGCAAAGAAUGUCUAGACCGCUGCUUUAAGUUGAAUGACAGUGCAUGUCCCCUGUGCAAGUCUUAUUUAAGCAGAGCCCCAGAUGUAAACAUUGUCCUGAGGAACGUUGUUGAACAGGUCAAAAAGACACCCAAGAAUAAUGAAGAUGCAUUCACUGGAGCUGCCGGUGAAGUGGCCUGUGACGUUUGCGUUGACCAAAAGCUGAAGGCUCAAAAGUCCUGCCUGGUGUGUCUCACCUCCUAUUGUGCCGUCCACCUAGAAACUCACUCUUCAAAUAAAAGGCUCAAAGGACACAAGCUGGUGAAACCUGUGGGGAACUUGGAUGAGAGGGCUUGUCUGACUCAUGGACGCCCCCUAGAGCUGUACAACAGGAAGCGGCAGAGAUGUGUUUGUGUACUUUGUAUGGAGGAAGGUGAAGAGGGGGUCGUCUCCACUGAAGACGAGUGGGACAAGAAGAAGGCUAAGCUUGAAAACACUAAAGCAGAGCUACAACAGAAAAUUGAAAAGCGAAAGACGAAAGUGGAUGAGAUUAAUGCAUCUGUAAAGAGCUGCAAGGACAUGUUGGACUCUGAGUGGUGUGACAUUGAGGAUGUUUUCACUGCUGUUGGUGCCUUAGUGGAGGCAGCCCAGGCCAAAGCUCUUCAACCACUGGAGGACAGGAGGAAAGUUGUGGAGAAAGAGGCUAAAGAACUAAGAGAGAAAUUAAACACAGAGAUAGAUCAACUUGAAAAGACUAUCUCUGAGCUGGAUGAUAUAUCUGCAUAUGAGGAUCAUAUUCUUUUCCUGCAAAAAUACCCUUCUCUUCAAGAGCCAGAUGACAUGAAAGACUGGACUGAAGUCAUACUGGACACAUCGCUGACGUUCGGCACCAUGAGAAAAAUCACAACAACUCUGAUGGAACAGAUUCAGCUGGAACUUGAAAAGCUGACCUCUAUUGAGGUGAAGAGGAUUCCACAGUUCAGAGUGGAUGUAAAAUUUGAUCGGAGCACAGCCCACCGACGACUCGUUCUGUCUGAUGACGGAAAGGAGGUGAAAGAUGGAGGAGAGGACCAGGAAGUGGAUGACGAUCCAGGGAGGUUCGAUCUAUUUGGCAGCGUCCUGGGGCUCAGCGGACUGACCUCUGGGAAGUCCUACUGGGAAGUGGACGUCCGAAACAAGGCCGGCUGGGAUCUGGGUGUAGCCAGAAAAGAUGUGGAUCGAAAAGGCAAACUGACCCUGAACCCAGAUCACGGUUUCUGGGUGACUGUUCAUUACGAUGACGAUAAGUACGCAGCUCUGACCGUCCCACCGGCGUACCUUGGCCUGAAAGAGCCUCCUAAGAAGGUGGGGGUUUUCGUGGAUUAUGAGGAGGGGCUUGUGUCCUUCUACGAUGUGGUGGCCCAGUCUCACAUUUACUCAUUUAUUGACUGUUCCUUCGGAGAUAAGCUCCUCCCAUAUUUCAGUCCGCAUGUAAAAGAUGAGAAAAACACUGACCCUUUGAUUCUGUUGUGAAUAACCUCUGAAACAGGUGUUUGAGUCUAAGUUUGCAUAGAUUUGCUUUUUUUUGUAAUUUAAGUUUAGUUUUUGUUAGAUAAUUAACAUAACAUAAUUUAGUUUUUGCUGAUUAUUUUACGUAACUAAAUGAUCUUUUCAUAGCUCGCUUUAGUUAUAUUUCAUUAACCAACACAACCUGAUUUGUGUUACAUGCAGGGGUGUAGAAUUGGGUAGGGACACUAGGGACACGUCCCUACCAAUAUCCAGCCAUGCUGAGCCACAUUAUGUAAUAAAUUCCCAUUAUGUAAAAAAUUCCCAUUAUGUAAUAAAGUUCAAAAUGUAAUAAGAAU